AUGGGAUUACUGUCAGAAGGAAAUCCACUUUCAUGGAAAGAGACAAGAACGUUAGCAGAACACGUUCGUCAACAUGGGAUAGAACAAUUUAUAAAUUUAUACAACAAGCUACGUGACCGUACUGGAGAUGUUCUGAAAUGGGGAGAUGAGGCAAGCGCGCUUCAACCUAGACCUCAUCAGUGCUUCCCAGCGAUGAUGAUCAAGGUGGAGUAUAUAAUAGUAAAAUUCGAUGAUGAAAAUCAAAGAGCCACAGUUAGUCUAAAGUCAGAAGAGCUUCUACCUAUAUUGCAAGAAAAAGAAAACACUGAUCCGAAAAGUAUGUGUAAAAUUAAUUUGUCA